AUGUCGCUGAAAUCACAAGACGAUAUCCCAUUGGCAGAUGAUGAUUUAGAAGUCAUAAUCAAUGAUGACGAAAGCUCCAAGUAUAUGUGCAAUGGGCGUUCGCUAGAUUCGAUUGCCAGUUCCUACACGAAUGGUAACUCUAGUCCACAGCAGUUUUUAGAAAACGAAAGCCCGGAUGCGGACGAGCAGGAAGAAAAGGCCCGUCUCAUUGCUCAGGUGCUGGAACUCCAGAACACGCUUGACGAUCUGUCCCAGCGAGUGGACAGUGUGAAGGAAGAGAAUCUCAAGCUGCGCUCGGAGAACCAGGUGCUCGGACAGUACAUCGAAAACCUGAUGUCCGCCUCGUCGGUGUUCCAAUCGACCACGCCGAACAACGUGCAGAAGAAAAAGUAAGGUCUGAAUCCUCGCGACACCGAAAUGCUUCUUCGCUGCAGCGACAACGAUCCACUUCGAAGCCAAAGAUAUUCCACGAGC